AUGUCACAACAACAACAACAACAAACAACAAGUAAUAGUAGUAGUGGCAAUGGUGUUUCAUUGCCAAGAAUGGUAGAUUUAGAUUGGAGAAUGGAUGUAAAGACCUCAUCAGAUGUAAUGUCAAGAAUGGCUGUACCAACUGUACUAUUCAAACUUGAGGUCGAGGAUCGUUCAAAACAAAAAGGUGAAGAUGGUAAACAACCAACAAACACUGUCAUUUUCGAAUUGAACAAACAGACUAUUAAUACAAUGUUAGAAGGUUUGGAGUUUGUACAGGAACGUCGUUUAAAUAAAAAAGCAAGAUAA